CCGCUGGGUGUUCAUCUGUAUUUUCCUCAUUGACAUCAAUGAUCCUAGAUGAUGUUUAGUAUUCAUCAUUGACUAUGACUGUUCAAGUUCUCAAUCGCAACUAUGAUUAUGGCUAGUCGCUUCAGCGAUUCUUUAGUUAGCGGUUUGAUAAUGGCGGCGGGCACACCGGUGGGGGUGUAUGUAGUAUAAAAUGAAAAUGCAGUUUAAAUGUUCCACAUCAAUAAUCUUGUUAUCUAUAUUUUUUAAAGGACCAGCGUCAGUGCAAUAAUCGAACUUAGUGCGUUUGUAUAUUUGAUGCUGAACUUGUUAAAUAGGAGCUUUCGAUCGAAACAUUAUUAACACGCUAAUCGUAAAGCGCCUUAGUGUUAUCAAUAACAAAAUCCUUAUCACCUUCCGAAUACUAAUCAACAGUAGAGUGCUCAGUGCAUCGUCAGCUGUGUCAAGCAAAGAACUAAUCGAAAAAAAAAAGAAUUUACAACAAAAGUUCAUUGCAUGACGAGUAUAAUAGACUCAUCGUUGUAAUUGAAAUUACUUAAUAAGUAAGAUAAUCCCAGCAUGAGAAAAUCAUAUUCUGCGUUACUGAGUGAAACAUGCUAUAGCCAUGCCGAAGAGCAUCUUGGUGAAACAGCUGCACUUCGAAAUGCUGGAAUAGCAGAAAUAGACCAAUGGAUCCAGAAUGAACAGCCUAAUAUUAUAUUGCCUAAUGAUGUGCGAUAUAUUGUAUAUUUUCUACGUACUACUAAGUUCGACAUCAACAAAACGAAACGAAAAAUUCAAAUGUACUGCCGAAUUCGCACCGCUCGCAUUGAAUGGUUUCAAAAUCGUGAUCCAUUUUUACCGGAGAUACAGGAACUUUUGGAUAUCGGCGUGUUUUUACCGUUGCGUGAAAAAGAUGAGCUGAAUCGUCAAGUGGUAAUUAUAAAAACUGCCGCUCACAACCCAAAAUGUCACAGCCAGGAUAAUGUUUUCAAAGUCGACAAAAUGAUUUUGGAUCUCUUACUGUAUUUAGAUGAGACUAUAUCUAUCUAUGGUAUAGUAGCAAUUUUUGACAUGAAAAAUGUAACUUUGGGCCACGCCCUUCAGUUGCCUCCCACCCUUGUAAAAAGGACGGUUGAAAGUUGGGAAAAUUAUCCUUGCCGGCCACAGCUUCUGGAGUUUGUUAAUGCACCAAUACACGUCAACGUUAUACUAAGUGUUUUCCGGAGCUUUAUGAGCGCUAAAAUGAAAUCUCGCGUCAAGAUUUCCAGACGGGAUAUAUACGUUUCAAAGUUGAUCAAUUUGCCCCCAGAGCUCGGAGGGACUGGAGAGUCGUAUCAUGACCUUACAAUGUACUGGAAGCGACAAGUGGAGGAUCAUGCUACUUGGUUCGCUGACUCGGAGCAGUACAACCGACAUUCAUCUUAACGCAAUACUGAGUACAAUAUAUGUUACGAUCAUGCGCCACCUGCUCAAAGAAGCUGCCCCGAUUGUGAUGGUCAUAACAGUGGCGAACAAAUAUCGAUUCUAUUAUAUAGGAUUUGGUAUUGAUGGAAUAGUAAUUUUGCAGCAGCUUUUAUACAUCAUUGUAAACUCAUUCUUUUAAGUUCUUGCAAACUAGUUUUUCAAAACCAAGCUAAUUUAUUUUAUACAAAUUUAUAUUUCCGUCUCACAAUUCAAUGUUCAGUCGUCGUGUAUCAAAUUAUGUAAUAUUAUUGUUACAUGUUUGAAGAUGUCGCUAAUAUUAAUGUCUCGGGUAGUGGUGAUGACCACUGCGCGUAGAACGCUUAGAAUUGAUUAUAUUUAUUGUACAUUUUUGUUGAGGACAAUCGAAAUGGAGAGGUUUUGUGAUCGCAGCAAAUCAACAUGCUUUAAGAAGCAAAACUAAUUUUGCUACCGAUAUGGUCGAACUUCGUUUACACGAGGCAUGAAUA